CAAAUGUCAGAAAAUGCGUUGUGCUUGAGCCGCCGCAUACACACAGCUAGAGGAGGGAGCGACAUGUAGCUUUUACUUGGAGUUAUUUUGGCGUGUUGUGUACAGUCAAGUCAGUAGUGGUGGUGUUUCUGGCAGUACAAUCAGCCCAGACGCACACGCCAAAGCCGCGUACAUGUACCCGGCAUCAACGGGAUUCAGAUCAACCACAGCUGCUUCAGCCUUCAGCUUCGACUGGAAAUUGAACUGUUCGAACAGAACUAACCGAAUUUUGUCGCUUGAUAGAGUUUGACGUAGUCUCCGCUACUUUGUCCCUUAUGAUUGUUGCUGCUGGAUCUGCUGUAACAGGAGAGUGAAAUAAUUCCCUAAACUAUGGGAUGGCGGCCCUAUCCUCCCCAGUCCGUUCCAGGGCCGUCAGCGACGUAAGCGCUGUUUCUUCCGAUCAAAAAGCAUCCAGUAGUGCUAAUGGAGUUAGUGUAGGUACUACUGCUGAAGCUGGCGUACCGCCUACGAGAGGCACCAAGAAAAGGCUUACCACUUUCCAGAAGAUAUUUCGCCCGUGGAAAUGGAAGAAAAGACGGAGGGUUGGGAAAGAACCACCACAUGCUGAUGGCGAGGCAGCAGCACAAGGAGUUGAGUCAGGAUUGACUGAGCCUACGGGCAAUGCGGAUGAAUCUGACUCAGCUGCAGCAACAUCGCCAUCUGCAGCAACAGCAUUACCACCAGAGCAGCCGCUUCACGACACGCCGCCUGAAGUAACUCAAGAUGACACCGGUGUUCAAAGUGCGGCCUCCAUUCAGGCUAUGGAAGAGGCGGAAGCAUUCAAGCGGCGGCGUGCCAGCAGUGAAGCUGACUUGUUGACGAUGGAUGACUAUGUUGCUGAGCCGCGCGUUACACUUGUGCCAGUCGGUGUGAGCCUCUUCCGGCCUGGCCACCGCAUGCCCGGUGACGCGGAGUCACAGCCGGCAGAGGAAUUGCCCGUCAUCUCCGAUCCGGAGCUUGUCGAGAUGAUCCGUACGUCGAAGAAAGAGAAUGCAACGCCAUCGCCAGUGCACGAUAAGCCACGGAGACGGAAAACUGGCAACUCGAGUAUACUGGUGUCCAGCACCAGUCCGCACGCAUCACCGGCUGUCAGCCAGGCGUCCUCUUCGAAUGACAGCGGCCAAAGUACUGUUGGCGGUGCAGACGGUCCUCGGCAACCCGUCGCCUCCGCUGCUGCCACUUCCAAUGGUAAUGGUGCUGCGGUAUCUACUGAUGGCGGUAGUAGCAACCGUGCUAACGAUAGCGACAGCGACGAUGAAGAUGUGCCAGCCACAGGUCUCGCUGCAAAAGUAAAGAGAAAAGACACUCUGAAUCGCCACAUCGAAGGAGACAACCCCACGCAGUGGAAGAGAUCAGCGGCAUCUGAGGAUGAUGACUCAGAAUCUGAGGAUGUUCGCAAAGAGCGCGCAGUAGUUGGUAACAAACUCGUGCGGCGACUGAGUCAACGUCCCAGCAAGGAAGAGCUCGAGCAACGCAACAUUCUUCACCGUCACUCAACGGAUGAAAUACACAUGGCGCGCGAUGAAGUCAAGUCGACGCUACAACGGAAACUGAGUCGGCGACCAACAAUCAAAGAACUGCGAGAGCGCAACAUUCUCAUACAUUUUGCAAACUACUGCGAAGUGACUGGCGCUGUGGACUAUGACCGACAUGCGGAUAAGCCCUGGACGCGCCUCCGAGGUCCAGACAAGGCCCUUAUUCGCCGUGAGCUGAACGAGUUCAAAAGUUCUGAAAUGGAAGUGCACCCGGACAGUGCCUACAUGACCCGAUUCCACAAGCCGUAGUGCUGGUCGUUACCGGUCAUGCUCGCUGGUGGCUUGCGAAUCGGACCAGGCAGCGGCACUGGUAUACCAGGCCGGGCAUCUCUGCCAUAUCGUACCUGACCAACGUUCUCUACAUGAAACUACUCACAACUAUCAUCCUGCUGCCGCACAUUGCCUGCGCGAUCCCUAUCCUGCUGCUGCCACACAUUGCCUGCGCGAUGCUCACCCGCCACUCCAGCACUGCUGAUUUUACUUUACACUACAGCAACAGCCUAUACUUUCGAAUAUUCUGAGCAGCUGUUCUCAUUACCCUGCCACCUCUCUCUCUCUUUCUUCCUCUUUCUCUCUAUCUAUAUUUCUCGUUCCGAACAUGGUUUCGACUGCUUGAGAAGGAAUGGCUCCUUCCUUUCUUUCUUUCUUUUUUUACCUUCAUUUUGAUCUGCGGGCAACAAUGAACUCACCGAUGCCUUUUGGUUGAGGUUCAUCUUUAUUUGCCUAUUAUGACUGAACAGUCGAGGACAUGAGGUGCACAGAGAGGAAGCGCUGGCACGCGUGGCCUUGCUGCAAACAGAGGACUUCGUCUCCGCUGCAUAAACUGACUCACACUGAAUAUACGAAUGUAGACUGCAAGUAGUCAUGUUAUUAUGGCGCAUGCACACGGCAUACGCACGCUUACCCAUGUCCCCGUUAUCAUUGCACCUUCGUACUGUCACUGUGCGCACACCUUCUUACUCUCGUCUCUCUCUUUACGCUAGCCCUCGCAUUUUAGGACAUUUUAGUAGUUUUCCUUAUUGAUUUUUCCGAGCUGGUCUCUCUAUCAUUCAGCUAGUCAGCACCGCUGCCUGCUUCAGUCUGCUGACAAUGGCUUGUGUUUAGUUUCUAGUUGUGUAAAUAUCGGCCAGAUUGUUCGCCCUUGCGCGCGUGUGUGUGUGUGCUUGCUGCUCGUGUGCGACUGAAUGCUUUGCUCUUUAUCUGUAUGUCAUUGAUUACUUUCUCGCUUUUUCCUCGUUCUGUACUCUUCGUUGUCGUGUGGGGUCAGUUUCUGUGCUCCGAUUGUCCACCCCACGUCGUCUUUGUUUUUGUUCUCAUGGUGUGUUAACUCUGGAUAUUUUUUAAUGAAAAAGAUUUCCUGGUCAUGUCCUUGACUUUCUGAGGGAUGUUCAUGAAUAUUGCUUGCUACCUUCUUUCUCUCUGUCUUUCCUCUGUUUUUUUUUAGAAGUUCACAUGUUUCAAACGAUGCACAUUCGUCCCUCUACAUGUAUAUUUAGGGUUCUUUUUUCUUUUCUUUUGUAGUUUGCUUGUUUCUGCUGCAGCGUGUGUACAUAGCUCUUCCAGUGGCGUGCCGCUCUGUGUAGGUCAGACCUAGAGCUACAUAAUUGACCUUUCUCUGCUCAUUGCUUCCAUUAUAAUUAUACUCUGCAUCUUGUACCCGUUGUUAUUCUGGUCGUUGCUGUUGCCGCCGCCGCUGCGUUUCUUGUGGAUGUGUGGUGCUGUACCAUAGAGUACAUUGAGUAUUCUCCUUCCUGUUAGGCAAAGAAAAUGGCGGCUGUUGGGCUGCUGAUAACUCUGUA